AUGACAGAAAAGAGUUCGAAUGUCUACAACUCAUCUAGCCGACCGCAAGCUCGUCUAACAUGGCCACGAGAUGGUGAACGAUCGACUUCAAAGAGGGAGCUUCCCCGCCACGACAACUUUCAGGAGCAAGAUUACUUCGACACGGAGGCAGCCGGAAGUCCUUCGUUGACAUGGAGGAGCGGAAAGUCAUCAAGAUCUUCCACAAUUGAUACCAAUUCAAUUCGGCAAUCGGAAUCCUCGGCCGAACUAGACCUGAAUAGCUUGGGUCACAUAUGGGAUCAGAGGCCAACCCCUGAAAGAAGUGAACUUGAAGGAAUUAAGGAUGGAUUAGAUGAGAAGGAGGUCACACUACAGUCUUUGAAAGUCGAGCUGCAGCGAAAAGAUGCCGAUCUCGCUGAUUUGCGUAAACGCUGGAAGCAGACAGCUAAGGAGCUAAACAGGCUGAAGAUGUCACAAAAAGGAGGACUUUAUGAAGUGACAGAUCGGCACCUGGUGGAACUGGCCACCAGACUACGAUACAAUAUUCGAGACCUUGCGAUCCGGCAUUUUGAGGGCAAGAUGAGACCCCGGGAUUCAGUCCACGAACCCAGAGGAUCCAGAUUCUUGCAUUACUUCGGCCCUGUUGUUCAUGAUACAACAGUACAAAACGCCCUACUAAAGUCUGGAAACAGACGCUCGAGCGUUAUGCAAGCAUAUCUGUGGGAAAUUCUCACCGCAGAGAUAUUCGGUCGAUACCUUUGGACAGGAUCCGAACUAUCUGGGGCCAUUCAAGUCUUGAAUAACCACAUGAGACAAGAGAGAUGUCCAAUUGCCAGUUUUGACGUCGAGUCCUGUCGGAGUUUCCAAAUGUGGAGUACACAGACGACAAGUAUGAUCCUGCACACCAUCGACGCGAAGAAAGAAUCCGCAGUCAGGCGGUUCAUUGAAAACACGGUACGAGAUACAGCAUCCGGUAUAGUGGAUGCAGUCGCUUCCCUCAUCAUCAUUGAGAAUGAUGAGUUGGGUUUAGAGAUUGAGAGGAUUCUGCAUGAGGCUCUAGCUCUCGAUAAGGAAAUCUAUAGACAAGUUGCGCGUGUGGAUUGGAUCACUUACGAGACACCGAUGAUCUUUGAUCCCGAGCAAAUGGAAUGGGAAGGAGACGAUGAGGCGGGGAGACGAGAUCAACCAGUCCGCCUUGUUGUGGCUCCGGCUUUAAGAAAGCGAGGGAAAUCAACUGGGGAAGACUUCGAUGUUGAUCGAUUACUGCUCCCCAUGAUUGUUUCACGUCUUGGUCCUGGGAACUGA